AUGGAGCCCGAGGUGAGCCGGUGGCUCGACUGCGGACUGCAGUGGACGGCGGUGGCGGCUCUCGUGCUCCUAGCGCUGCGCCACAUGAUGCAUGCACUUUCCCACCAGAGUUGUCGCCACGUCACCGCGUGGGAGCUGCCCCUCUUUGUCUCGUUCUUGCAGCUGACCGCCGGCCUCGCGACGCUUGGCCCACCUCUCGCCGAUCGUUCGAACCUCGACGGGUUUGUCUGGGUCUUCUUGCUACUACCAGCGUCGUCGUCGUCGGCGCCAUCGAUUGCAGGCACGAGCGGCUGGCUCGGCUUGGCGGCGCGUCAUGGGUACGCGACCGCGACGAUCGGCCCAAGCGUGGCGUUGAACGUCGCCUGUCUUCUCGCGCCGCUUCUGACGGCAUUACUCGUAGCCACAGCGCUGUACCUCUCGCCCUGCGGCCACGUCAACAUGGCCGUCACGCCGACGCUGCCCGAGCGCUGCCGGGCGGUCGCGCUCCGGCUCGUCGGGACGUUCUUUCUGGCGCUGCACCUUUUACUCUUGCCGAGCGUCGUGGUUUGCCUCUCGAUCCUCCAAGACGGUCGCUCGGGGCAGAUGCUCAUCGUUGCUGCCAUGGCGGCCAUGGCCACCUGCCUCGUGCUACUUGUCGCGGUCGCCGUCGAGCACAUGCACCUUCGGUGCCCCUCGAUAUUUCGAAGCUUCCACGCGCCCUACCUCGCCGACGCCACAUGGUUUCCAGCGAUCGAUGCGAUGACGCACGUCCUUCUUGGCGCGAGUCUCAGUCUCUCUGGGCCCAACGUUCUCGUGCUGCAAGUGGCGCUGCUGAGCGCGAUCCUUGCCACGUACGUCGUCCUGUUGGUCGCCGUAUCGCCCUAUGCUACGCGCGUGAGCAUGCGCUGCGCGGUCGCCGCCAAGCUCGCACAGCUCGGCUGCCUUGGCUUACGCGCCAGCAUGGUCUUGGCGCCUGAGACGACCGCGACCGCGCACGCCACCUUGCUCGGGGCCGUUGGCAGUGUCGUUGUCAGCACUCUUCUUUGGCAACUGGUGGCGCUUCGACGACGUUGGCGUAGCGCCAGAGACGGCAGCACUGACCACCACGGGACGUCGCCCGACCCGCGAGGCCUUACAGCAAUCUUUACGCACCGCGCGUUCACGCCCACGAGAGGCCACUCGAUUGCGUCGUAUGGGGCGAGUCCCAACGAGCUGGUGUUUGUCCAGCUUACGUCGCCACCUGCCCGUCGCCCGAGCAUGUUUAUUUAGCCAGCCUUUAAGUUAGUCGCUUAAUGGAGUCGUCAUGUAAUAGUA